GCGAAGAUACAUAGCGGCUAGCUAGUUUAGCAUUUCGGAUGCAAGAACGGGGAGAAGAUAGGCGGGUAUCCACGAUGGGGCGCCACUGUAAUUCAGCGGCGUAGUUUUGGCGGACCAACGGCAAACGGGAACACCGGACCAUCGUUAAAGAAUUAUCUGCUCACGGAACGGGACAAAAAGAUAUGCAGCCAUGAAGAGGGUCCGGACUGAGCAGAUCCAGUACGCUGUGACCCAGUACCUGAAGAGGCGGCAGUAUGUGGACACCGACGGCUCUUUGAAAGGAGCCAAACUGUCUCAGUCUCCAGAGGAGAUGGCUGCCAGCCUGACAGCAGUGAAAACAGAGUCUGGCUGUGGGAACGUGGUCUCUGCAGCUCCCUGCCAGUCUGACCCACAGCAGUAUGAGGCGCAGUUCUCUAGGCUGCACUCCUUUCUAUCAGAAACAGAAAUAUCUUGGGCUCGGGAGGUGAGCGGCAUCCUCUAUCCGCUCUUUGUUUACCUCCACUUGGAUAUGGUGCGGUGUGGCCUGAAGGGGGCGGUAGACGGGUUUUACACUCGAUUCCAUGAAGCCUUUCUUCAGGACGGCGAGCAGCGCGCCGUCAUCGAGCAGCUCCGCCAUGUUCUCACUGCUCAGGACGUUGCAGCCAACCCCAAACUCCGAGCUUUCCUGGAGCACAAGUAUACUGUUCACCUGACAGAGCCGGCCUACAACUACCUGCUGCGCUACCUGCAGAGCGAGGACAACAGCGCCCUCUGCAGGGUGUUUAGCACACACCUGCAGGUGGAUGUGGCAGCAUUGAGACGCACAGACUAUCAGCUUUAUGGAGCAGCUGGGGGCUCAGCUACGGCGCCAAACUCCACCACAUCGUGGGCGGGGGUGGAUGGAGGAGAGGCUGCAGACGGGGUGGAGGUCCCUGUGGGGAUCCCACAGAGCGAAGCGGCCUUGGAGGCUCUGCAGGACUGCAUCAAGAAAGUCCGCGAAGGCCCGCCCACUCUCACCACCAUCUGUUUCUACGCCUUCCACCACACGGAGCAGAUGCUGAACACAGCAGAGGUGUCGCCGGACAGCCGGCUGCUGUCCGCGGGCUUUGAUCACUCCGCCGUCAAACUGUGGAGCCUCAGAGCGAGGAAGCUGAAGGCCACGCCGCAUCAGGUGGACGUGUCGCGCAUCCACCUGGCAUGUGACGUGCUGGAGGAGGACAGGGAUGACGAAAACGGCUGUGGAAGUGAGAUAAAGACGCUGAGGGGUCACAGCGGUCCAGUGUACCGGACCGCCUUCCUGACCGACAGCUCCGGCCUGCUCUCGUGCUCCGAGGACACCACCAUCCGAUACUGGGACCUGGGCAGCUUCACCAACACCGUACUGUACCAGGGCCACGCCUACCCGGUGUGGGACGUGGACGUGAGCCCCUGCAGCCUUUACUUUGGCAGCUGCUCUCAGGACCGCACCGCACGCCUGUGGACGUUUUCUCGCACGUACCCUCUGCGGAUCUACGCCGGGCACCUCUCUGACGUGGACUGCAUUAAAUUCCACCCAAACUCCAACUACCUGGCCACGGGCUCCACGGACAAGACGGUCCGGCUGUGGAGCACCCAGCAGGGGGCGUCCGUGCGCCUGUUCACCGGCCACCGCGGCCCUGUGCUGUCGCUGGCGUUCUCCCCCAAUGGGAAGUACCUGGCGUCCGCCGGCGAAGACCAGCGCGUGAAGCUGUGGGACUUGGCGUCGGGGACUCUGUUCAAAGACCUGCGCGGACACACGGACAGCGUCACCAGCCUGUCCUUCAGCCCGGACAGCAGCCUGGUGGCUUCCUCCUCCAUGGACAACUCCGUCCGGGUGUGGGACAUCCGCAGCUCGCACAGCGGGACGCCGGCCGACGGCUCCUCCAGCGAACUGGUGGGGCUCUACAGCGGAAACACCAACAACGUGCUCAACAACCAGUUCAUGGCCUGCAACCUCCUGCUGGUGACCGGAACGGCUCAGGAGAAGACGGAGCAGUGAGGCGGACUGAACCAGUUACACUCAGUUUGGGUUAGGAAUCCAUUUAUUUGUUCUUCCCUCCAGGAAACAGAUGGAAAGUGUUUAGUUUAAUAGUUUAGAGUCUCACUUUUCAGAAGUUUUCUCCAUUUCACCCGUUUAGCUGUGAUCUGACCAAAACAUUUCUGAUUUAUAAAAAUCCUUCAUUUGCUUUUCCUACUGUUGAUGAAGAAGUUUCUCUUUUGGUAAAUGUUUCUAUUUUUAUGUAAAAAAACACAAACAGUACAACAAUCAGUAUCCCAAGAACGUUUCUCCUGAUCCGAGAAAAUUCAGAGAAUCAGUUGAGAAAAAAUUCUGCUCGUUAAAAUUGACUUUGGAAAGAACAUGUUGGGUUUUCUCAAACUUUUGGAUGUUUAUGGUCCGUAGCAGCAGGCACUGCAGGGACCAUAGUUUGCUUUAUUUUGACAGUAACCAAAAACAGUGUUAAACGUUUCACAAUAAAAGCCCCAACAAUUAAAGCUUAACUGAAACAAUAAAAAUAUGACACUCAUAUUAUUCUAUAUUUAAAAAUAUGCCAAUUUAUCCUCACAAAAACUGUUUUUGGCCAAUUAAGUUAACUGUGGAACGCUGUAAAGAGAAGUUACAUAGCACAAAACUAGAUGCAUAAAAAUAAAAGUUUACAACUUUUUGAUUAAAUUCAAUUAGUCUGGUUGAGCAGAAGCUUAUAAGAUCAGCAGAGACGAUGGAGGCUGGUCAUAAGUUCACAAUCAUCGUUCAUUCGUUGUCCAAACAAUUAUUCCAGUUUUCAUUGAUGUUCUGCAUUUUUUUUCUCUGUUUCCACCUGGACUUGACUAUCAUUUUAUUGUCUGAAGAGUGUAUAUUAAUAACAGGAUGACUCCUUUCAUUUAGUUGCUCAAACAACUUCAAACUUCUCAUUAGAAACAGUCUGUCGGUUUCAGGUUUGUUAGAUCUGUGUAAAAAUGAAAAAGUGUAAAUAAGCCUCGUUUGGAUUAUUUUUGUCUACAAAAUAUGAUUCAUAAGAGCUGAAAAAUUAUAAAGUUCAACAAUAAUUUGA